CGGCUGAAGUCACCAUCAUCCAUCCACCUCCCCCCAACACAGCUUCCUCCCGGUAACCCCCCGACUGUCUGCACCCCGGGGGUCUCCCCUCUUCUGUUUAAGUUGGAUCCAAUUUCUACAUUACCGGAUACGGAUUAUGUUUUUACAACAUCCAGUUUUUCUUAACUUUUCUAUGGAAACCAAAGGGUAUCGGAUUUUCACCGCCAGCGGCAAAUGCGACGGGCGUGACGCCUUCAGAGAAGCCUGAUUGUUACCCGUUCCCAGAACCUUGGGACACUCCAGUAAGGCUCCGGCAGAGUUUAUUUGCCUUGUCUUAUCACUACAACGCCCCCGACUUCCCUCUCCACAUCUUUGAGUUCCGGCUUCGAACAGACUUGAAAAAUGGUUGGAUUCAAACCCACAGACGUCCCGCCUACAGCCGCGGUGAAGUUCAUCGGCGCCGGCACCGCCGCUUGCAUAGCCGACCUCUUUACCUUCCCGCUCGACACGGCCAAGGUCCGGCUGCAGAUCCAAGGCGAGACCAAAGUCCCGGUCAGCAUGAAGUCCGCCCAGUACAAGGGCGUCUUUGGCACCAUCUCCACAAUGGUGAAGACCGAGGGCCCGAGGAGCCUCUUCAAUGGCCUGGUGGCCGGCCUCCAGCGUCAGAUGAGCUUCGCGUCGGUCCGCAUCGGCCUUUACGACUCCGUGAAACAGUUCUACACCAAAGGGUCUGAGCAUGUUGGCAUCGGCAGCCGGCUCCUUGCCGGAAGCACCACCGGUGCCAUGGCCGUCGCUUUGGCUCAGCCCACGGAUGUGGUGAAGGUACGAUUUCAGGCCCAGGCCAACGUUUCCAAUGCCAGACGCUACAAGGGAACCAUGGAUGCCUACAAAACCAUCGCCAAAGAGGAGGGCAUGCGCGGCCUCUGGAAAGGUACCGCGCCAAAUAUCACCAGAAACGCCAUCGUCAACUGCACAGAGCUGGUGACUUAUGACCUCAUCAAGGACACCCUGCUGAGAUCCAACCUCAUGUCUGAUAAUCUCCCGUGUCAUUUUACCUCCGCGUUCGGAGCUGGUUUCUGCACCACUGUGAUCGCGUCCCCUGUCGAUGUAGUGAAGACAAGAUACAUGAACUCUGCCAAGGGCCAGUACAACAGUGCCCUGAACUGCGCCCUCACCAUGCUCAAAAAGGAGGGUCCCAUGGCCUUCUACAAAGGCUUCAUGCCAUCUUUCCUGAGACUGGGCUCUUGGAACGUCGUCAUGUUCGUGACCUACGAGCAGCUGAAGAGGGCCAUGAUGUCCGCCCGCGUCUCCUGGGAAUCUCCUAUUUGACCGUCUGCUGAGGGCCGGGGGCCUUCUGUCCAGCGCUAGCACUAUCCUCUGCCUCCCGUAGCAUUGUUUACAGCAGUCCUAGAUCCUUUCUGAAGUCUUUCCACUCCAUGACUAAAUGCUAUAUAUAAAAGGAAAAA